GCUACCAUGGAUGAUAUUUGAUCCGCCGGAAGACAAGGUCAUCGACUACUUCUUGAGGGCAAAGAUCACUGGGGAUGAUGAGUUAGUCGACUUCAUUCCCGAAGCUCAGAGUUGCAAAUGGGAGCCCUGGGAUUUGAAAAGCUUAACCUUUUGGGAUAACUGUUUAUUUAAACUUGCUCUCGGGAAAUUAAAUCGGUAUGAGAAAUGUGACACCGAUAAAAUAUUUGGCUCUUCCUCAGUAUGACCAUUUGAUUUUCUCGUUUGGACCUUGAACUUGUAAAUUCAUCGUUAUUUGUUUCUUAAUCAUAUUAUUUAUAAUUUUUUCUUCCUUUUUUAGGUUGUUUUAAUUUUCUACCUUCUUUUACUGCACCUUAACUUUAUGUUUGAGAGUCCUGCAUACUGAGCUUGUGUGGUUUACUAACAUUUUUGGCCCUCGAAUUUAUGCUCAGUCUGGUUAGAUUCAUGUGGCAAGACCAAGUAUAAUAAGUGGUGGUUCUUCUCGCCAUUGGAUCUGAAGCAUCGAAGUGGGAAUCGAUCGAACCGGGCAACUAAUGCUGGGUUUUGGAAAGUGACUGGAAAUGACAAGAUAAUCAUGUCUGACUUGGGAGUGAUUGGAAAGAAAAAGUUUCUGGUAUUCUAUAGAGGUCGUGGUAAAGGCGAGAAAACAAAUUGGGUGAUUCAUGAAUACCAUAUGACCCUGAAGGACUUUGAUGGCACCCAUCCCGGUCAGAAUGUCUUUGUGCUCUGCCGAUUAUCCUAUAAACAUGAAAAGGGUAUUACAGAUCCAAACAUUAAUGAUGCUGGACCUGCUGUUUCAUCACCCGCGGUAUCCAAAUCGUUUCAUGAAGAAUCAGAGUCUGAGCCACUUCUGGCCUCAGUAUUCCCUGCAUCAGAUGUGGAAGCUACUAAAACAACUGAAAAUUGUGAUGAAACAAUAUCCGGUACUACAACAGCUGUCAAGUGCGAUGAGAAACAUGUUAGUGCUCACGCAGCAGAGAAUCAAUUGGGAGAACUUACCACAAUCAAUACUGAUCUGGAAAUAGAAAAAAUGAUCAUUGAGCUGCAGCAAGUAAUAGAUGGUGAUGCUUUGAAGCCUUCAACUUCACCACACAAUAACCCUACUGUUUCAUCAGAUACCACGGCUAAAUCUUAUUUAGAAGGAUUACAGUCUGUGCUAGAUCUAGAUUUGGUAUCUCCUCAAGAAUGUUUUGACGGAAAGACAUUGAACACUAUACCGCUCAGUGUUUGUAACCAUAAAAGUUAUAAUGCUUGCGCUGCAAGAAAGGAAGUGCCUAAAGCAACAGCCAGUGAGGAUUUAAACCUUGAUUAUCUCAAUGGGAACAUUCCAAAUAUGUUUGGCAGUCAAGAGAAUCUCACUUUGGAGUCCAUUAAGGACAAUGGAUCAUGCGAUGGCCCAGAUGGGUUGAGCCUGUUUGAGCUUUCUUUCGAGCCACCAGAUGGUGUGUAUGAUCUUGCCACAUAUGGCCAUGAGUUUCAGGAUUUAAACCUUGAUUAUCUCAAUGGGAACAUUCCAAAUAUGUUUGGCAGUCAAGAGAACAUUCCCAAUUUGGUCAAUGCACCGGAUUUAAACCUCGAUUAUCUCAAUGGGAACAUUCCAAAUAUGUUUGGCAGUCAAGAGAAUCUCACUUUGGAGUCCAUUAAGGACAAUGGAUCAUGGGAUGGCCCAGAUGGGUUGAGCCUGUUUGAGCUUUCUUCCGAGCCACCAGAUGGUGUGUAUGAUCUUGCCACAUAUGGCCAUGAGUUUCAGGAUUUAAACCUUGAUUAUCUCAAUGGGAACAUUCCAAAUAUGUUUGGCAGUCAAGAGAACAUUCUCAAUUUGGCCAAUGCACCGUUUGAGUCAACAAUUGAAGAUUCUGGAGAGAUCAGCCAAAAAGAGGCUUCAUCAGGGCUGCGAAAUCUGGGAUCCCACAUGGUAUGGAUUGGAGGGUCUUCAAAUCAGAUUGAAGGAUCUGAUUGUAUUUCGAAGAAUUAAUGACAUUCUUCAGAAGAUGAGUCUUAACUACAGGCUCAAUCCUAAAACCUCAUAAUCUUCAUACUUAAUCAAGACAAUUAUUGCCCAACUAGUAUCCCAAACAUCAACAUGUUUUCCUCAGUUUCUAAUACACUUCCAUUACCUACUCCAAUAUCUAAACACCAUAUCACACUAUUUUAUGAAGCCACUCCCAAUUCAAGCUUUUACCAUGGAACCAUAAUUCCACGUGAAACCUCCUUGGAAGUUGUUAAAAUGGGUUUUUUCCUGGACAUACAUUUCCCUCCAACUGAUUUCUAGUUACCUCGCCUCUUUCUUUUUGAAUCCCAUCCAAUGCAUAAUACUUAAAACAGAGAAGAUUCCAGACUCGUUACUGUCUAAAACCCUUUUCAAUUACCCAAACUUUUCCCAGCCGUCCAAUAACUCUAGCACAAACGCCCAAAUCCUUUCUCUCAUGUUGAAGUCUCAGGCUCGAUGAAAUACACCAACCAAAACAGUCCAGGACCCAAGCAACCUCCAAAAACCUAUUGUGUCUUAACAAUUUGAAUUUCUCCAUAUUUCUACCAUCGAACCUUAACCUAAUGAUGCCCUGGCACGGGUACAUCCAUGAAACCUCCUAAGUUUCAUGUAUGAUAUCAUCUUAACGAUUAUUAGAACCACUGAUAAUCAUAUGGAUGAUGCCAUAUGAAAUGAUUCCUAAACCUGCUUAAAAUAAGAUUCUCAUAGUCAUAGGGAUGUUACCAAAUCAAAUGAUUAUCCGAAACCUGGUUAGAUAAAAAAUCAGGUGUAUAUAAUCAUAUGAAGGAUGCCAUACCAAAUGAUUAUUUGGACUUGAAAAACAGGCUCUAAUCAUCAUGUGGAACCUGAUUACACAGGGUUCUUCUUCUCGCCAUGACAUUUGCACAAAUUCCGUAUAGUGUGUGAUCUGUGUAUUCGAUCUGAGAUUUCCUGGUUUUACCUCCUUUCAAGAACUUGUCAAGACUUCAUGGAGUAAUUCCGCGACUAUAUUUAUGGCGGGCAAAAAUGCAUCACCACGUAAAGUGAUCAUGGAAGAUUAGCAACCAUGGAAGAUUGACUAAGACGUGUACUUUUGUUUAAGGUACUUUUAUGUUGCAUGUAAAUAACGUUGGGUUGUAAUUAAGCUAUAGACAAUAUGUAAAAUAAGGUAUUGUUCGGUUUGAAGACAGUCCUCUUGGUCAUUACGCAUGAUGACACAAGGUUUAUCUUAUCUAUACCUUCGAA